AUGUCUUCCAUGCUGUCUUUCUCUGAUAUUGCUGCACAAAGACAGAGUUCAGAGCCGCUGACUGGAACAAUCGCACCGAUUACCACUUCAGAAAUGUUCAAGAGUCCAAGGUGUUCCCAAAAACCACCAGCUAAAUCCUUUGAGCACCGUCUGAAUCUGGAAGCCAGAUCUCGCGGUGCCGCAACUCUAAAGGCAGCCGGUGCUGAGCUUAGUGGGGAUGUCAUUAGUCUCGGCACAGGAAGACCUUCUCCAGAAUACUUUCCCUUUCUAAAAAUGUCCAUGGACUUUCCCAGCAGACCAGAAUACUUCGAAAGCUCUUCCAUUUGUUCGGAAUCUAAAACAAUUGGGAAAUAUGACAUUCAAGACAAGAAGUCCACAUUUGACCUUGCGGUGUCCCUCAAUUAUGGACAUAGCGCGGGAUCGGAGCAACUCAUACGCUUCUUGACCGAGCACGUUGAUGUUGUACACAAUCCGCCUUACUCGGAUUGGCAAUGCUCAUUAACUGCGGGGAGCACUUCAGCCAUUGACUGUAUCUUUCGGACGUUCUGUGAACGGGGCGAUUUCAUCAUCACGGAAGAGUACACAUACUCUGCAAUUAUUGAAGCAGCACGGCCUAUUGGAGUCCGUACAAUCGGCGUCCCGAUGGAUGACCAAGGUCUAUCAGCGGUCAACCUUGAUGCAUUGAUAUCGGGGUGGAAUCCUGCGGAACGAGGAGCCAGAAAGCCUUUUCUGCUUUACCUUAUCCCGACAGGUCAGAACCCCACUGGCGUCACACAGAGCCUGGAAAGGCGCAACGAAAUUUAUGAUGUUGCCGAGCGACACGAUCUGUAUAUCAUCGAAGAUGACCCAUAUUACUUCCUGCGACUUGGCCUUGGCACACAGGUCAGCGCAACAAAUGGAAUUGAGCCGACACGUUCUGCCACAGAAGCGGUUGAUUCUUUCUUGUGCGAGCUCGUCCCAUCCUUUCUUUCGUUAGAUGUAUCAGGACGAGUUCUCCGUCUUGACUCGACUUCUAAGAUCCUUGCACCUGGGUUGAGAUGCUCCUGGAUGACGGGGUCUGCCGAGAUCAUUUCUCGCUUUCUAUAUCUCCAUGAUGCUACUGUUGUUUGUCCGAGUGGGUUGUCUCAGCUGGCUGUACACACGCUCUUGGAUGAGGUAUGGGGCCACGAGGGACUGGUAAAUUGGCUCAUACAUCUACAGAAUGAAUACACUGAGCGUCUAAAUGUGAUGCUCAAAUCCUGCGAAGACUACCUACCUCGGGAUAUCUGUUCUUGGCAGACACCCAAGGCUGGCAUGUUUCAUUGGAUCAAGAUUGAUUGGCGCGCACAUCCAAUGGCUAUUAGCACUGCCAAAUCUGAAUUCGACACGAUGCUUGAUAUUGAGGAUCGAAUUUAUUGUAGGGGGUUGAAAAUGGGCGUUAUGUGCUGUAAGGGAAGUGCAUUUCGUGCAGGUGGUGCGCAGGGUUGUGAUUUGUUCUUCCGUGUGACCUUUGCGAGCGCCUCGCUUCCCCAGAUAACGGAGGCAAUUGCUAGGUUUGGCAAGGCUAUCUGCGAGGAGUUCAAAGAUGGAAGAUGA